AUGGAAGGUAAAGGUGACCUGAGCAGUGAGGAGGCACCUGAGAUGAUCAAACCCAUGAGGAAAGUCUUCAGCAAAACCCGGGGAUUCGGAAGAACAACUGUUGCUAAGCGAGAGGGUGUGGGAGAUGUGGAGGCUGGCUCACAGGGGCAGCAGCCCCCACGGCAGCACAGCCUGGCUUUGGGAUGCAGUGGGAUGUGGCCACAGUGCACCGAGCCAGUGCAGGAAUCCCUUCCAAUAGUUCACCACCGAGGAAGGAAGAACGCUCAUGUCUCCUUUGAGGAUUCCAAUGAGCCAACGUCUUGUCCCGUCCCAGAUGUUGAAACUGCCUUGGAAGGGAGCAUAGGAAGUACCUCUGAGAUGAAUAGUGGCCCCCACUCUGGUUUCUUGAGUGUACAGGAGCGACCUCCCUCUUCUGGAAAGGCCACAGGAGGAGAGGACAAGGAGGACACCUCUGACAAUGACAGUGAUGGCCUGACUUUGAAGGAGCUUCAGAAUCGCCUUUGGAGAAAGCGAGAGCAAGAGCCACCUGACAGGCCCCUGAAAGGCAUCCAGAAUCACCUGAGAAAGAAGCAUUGGGAGGAGAAUCCCACAGAAACUGUGCAUGUCGAGGCAGGCACUGCUGUCGAGAAUGCUCUGCCCAGCAAGCAAGAGCCAGAGACUGUCCAGAGGGUUGUGUCCCAGGCAGUGACCGAUGACCAAGAGAGUCAGCGGGAGAGGACAACAGCUCAGCAAGUUAAAGAUGAAGAGAGCAGGGACUCGGGCAAGCCUAAGCCUGAAUGUGAGCUGCACGACCCCAACACCCUGGACCGCAUGUGUCUCCAGCCUCGUAACAACAG